AUGGCAGAUGACCACAAUACUGUCGAGGGUGACAAAACUCCACCUCAUGGUCAACAGCAGAGCGAGCACUCAGAGAAGAAAGGAGAUACAGUCGACUAUGGAAAAGUGAGACCGUUCCCGAGCCGAGAUCAGAGAGAACUGCGCAAGCGUGUUUGGGCCAAGCCCGUACCCAUGAACGAUGGCGAGAAGAAGCGCAUCAUAGCCAACUAUGAGGCAGACUUUCACGACUUCGAAAAGGAUGCGGAGGAGGCGGGCAUUUUGGAGGAGGGCGGAUCGAACGAAGGGUCAUGGGACGUCGAUGAAGAUAAUCCACACGGAACAGCCACAAAACGUGUGCACUUCCUUCGGGCAGAUCUCGAGGCAGGUCCCUCUCCCGAGGAGAAGGCGCUCGCGCGAAGGCAACAAAUCGAGCAGCAGACAGGCGAAGAGGUUUCCGACGCUGACUGGUUUGCCAUUUGGUCGCACGAGACGGCCAACGACGGCAUGAUCGAGCGCCUCCGCCGGUGGGCUGCCGGCCGAGACUCGGUGCCCGUGGCGUACUUUAAUGCCUUUAUACAGAGAACAUACGCUGCAACAUAUGACGCCAUCGCUGAAGAGGAUCGUCUACGGGCGCAGAAGCUGUCCAUGCAGAUUGACUACGACGCGCGGCUCGAGCAAGAUCAGAAGGACUAUGAUAUCCGGGUUGCCCGCUCGCGUGCGGAUGCGAUGGCUUCUGCAGAGGUAGCACUCCUGACUAGGAUGAUACAAGACACACUUGGCCAGAUUUUUGAAGAGUCGAGACUACAAGACGAACCACACUCUGUGGCCUUUGCGGAGGCACACGCCGAUGCAAGCAACGCCCUCGCAGAUCGUAUGCGGGCGGAAGAGGCUGUGGACGAGACCACGACUCAACAUAUCCCCCCCAACCCUCAGAUGAUGAGAGAUAAGGACGGUCGCCUGCGCACUGCCAUGAAUUGUCUGCAUGCUCAUCUUGUUAGCCAGCCCUCAAACGCGGCAUCUCUCGAUAGACUUGUUGACGCCCUGCUCACUUCAUCGGGUGGACGACAAGAAUCUCGACAGGACUUGUUUGAUACCCAGGAACGGCUGCGACAGAACGCAGAUGAACGGGCGAAGAAUGCCUUGAGGGUGCAGAACUUGGGGUUCCAACACUUUAUUGAACUCGAACAACAACUUCAUCAUGCUACAACAACGGUCGCACAGGUCCAGAAAGACCUUCGAGACCGCGAUGAUGAGCGGAAGAACCUGUGGCUCGUCGUUCACUCGAUGGAAAACUCAAUGAUGAAGCAAGCCGUUGUCAGCAUCAACAAGUAUCGAAGGCUCGUCGCGCAGCGGGUUCGAAACAACCUUUCCGAACAAAGCCAUAAACUUCUGACCGAGGCCAACAAGCUUGAGCGCUCAAUCUACUCGUUUGAACAGCUCAGUGAGGUGCUGCAGAACACCACCCUGCCGCCCCCGGCCGAUAUCGCAACCCGCAUCUCCGACGAGCUCGCACGCAUCGCCUCGCUCUUUGAGAGCGCACCGGACAGCAUCCGCAGCCUGGCGUCAGGCCUCCUGGACCAGGAGAUCGAGGAAGAAUCAAAGUCCAGCGAGAGGUCGGCCGAGGCAGACACUCAGGCGAAGCUGCAGGUUCUUGAGGACGAGGUCAAGAAGCUAAGUGAUGACAAGAGGCGGCUCGAGGCGCAAAUGCUGAGUAUCAAGGACACAACGGACAUCUCGGCGCUCCUUGACGCGCAGGACGCCGACAGGAAGCGGGCCGACGAGUGCCAGCGCGAGGCGCAAGAGCUACACUCGCAACUGCGCGAGUCGAGGCGGCAGGGUAUAGCGACCGCACGUGAGGUACAGACACGUAUCAACGCCAUGCAAAGGAGCCUCAACCGGGCGCACGCCCCAAGCAAGGUGCUUGAGCGGCAGGCGGAGCAGGCGAGAGAGGAAUGUCGAACGGCGGAGCUGAGGGCGGAUAUUGCAGAGGCCAAGGCCAAGGACCUCAUGGCGACGCUGCAAGAGGUGAGCGGCGACUUUAUGAAGAUUUUACCCCAGUCCGAAACGGAGACCAUGUCGCCCACGGCCACGGCCACGGCAGCGGAGGUGAGCGAUGACAAAUACACGAGGGAGAAUCACAGGGGCCAGAUCGAGAGACUCACGAGCGAGCUGGAGAAGCUGAAGACAGAGAAGGAGGGCGCCGCGUCCAAGGCCUCGUUUGCGGCACGCCGCGAGCUCGAGAAUGAGUUGCGAAUCAAGACACUCGACAUGGAGAGAGCAAAGGCGGAGCUCGUUGAGGUCAGAGAGUCGAUGGCGGUUCAGGUGCUCGCGGGGGUUGAGGAGAGGACGAAUGGUCUCUGGAAUGAUUUAGUCGCGAGCGGAAUAGCGGCUAACAUGAGCAACGACGAGGUGGGGGAGGAGGUACGGAGCGCCCUGGAGAGGUCGCUUGAUGCACACAAGGUGUUCAAUACGAAGCUCCUCGACAGCAAUUGUGAGCUGCGCAGGCUACUGAGCGAACACAACCAGGCGUACGCCAGACUGCAGCUGGCGCGAUCGGUUGAUGCACUGUCAGGCGAGGAUUUCAGAGGGAAGCUUGUAGAGCUUCAGCAGGAGGUGGCGGCGAUCCUGGGGCGCGGCGAGGACGAUGCCGAGGCACCGGCGACGACGUGGGGUCAGGGACAGCGGCAGUCGGCGAUGCGUAUCCGGCAGGUAUUUGCCGGGAGGCCAUCGGCGGAGGAGGCAGCGGCGGGCCUUAUGAGCCGUCCACAGAUCGAGGCGUACUGGAAGUACCUGUCAUUUCAGCGGCAGCGGGCGCAGGCCGUUAGUGCGCUGCGACACGCAGACUGGUGUGGGGCACUGGCGAGGCUCGACAGGCUGGACAAGUGGCUCGAGGGAGCUGGCCCGUGGCACGAGUUCUAUCGGGAGUCUGAGAUUCAGGGGUCGCUAGCGUUUGUGCGCGCUUUCUGCCUAGCUCGGACUUCUGGCGACAUGCGGAGGAGCGGCGAUGCUGGCUGGACAGUCGUACAGGACGCUUCGAAGCAGGAGCUGGAACGUGCUAGGGAUAUUUGCCAUGGCGAAGGUGGUGAUGAUGUUGACGAGAGUGAUGUCUCGUCAGGAGAAGAGAUACGAUACGUGCAAGUAUGGCGGGAUUUUGGGACACGCGCUGAGCACGAGUUGGAUGCCUUGUCCUUUUUGGGGGGAUGA